AUGGCUUACGUUGAUCAAUUCUACCCCGAAAACCCCGAGUGGGUGGACUUUGAUCAAUUCCUGGACCUCCCCUCAGGCUACGACGACCAGUCGUCAGCCACGGUUUCACCACAGGAUCUGGCAUUGCCCUGCGAGAGUGAAUUCACCUCUCCCGUCGAUGUCAUGACACCCUCCUUCGCUACGACCUAUGAUUAUCAAGACUUCAUGAGCAUGGACGGAGGAUUCAUGCAAGAUCCGGCUGCUCCCUUGUUCGACGAUGCUUCCUUCGCGGGAUACAACCCCUACGAUAGCAGCAAUGCGUUCCGAGGCAUGGUUGAGGCGCAGGCCGCCGCUGACCCUCGCGUGGCGACCAUAAAGGAGAAGCGUCGCGAGGCUGCUAUUGCGUUGCAUCUUCAGCGCCUCUGCGAUGCCACUGCUCUCGAUCUAGACAUGUCUUCGGAUUCCAACACCAGCUUCUCAUCACCCAGCUGGUCCGACUACGUGUACGAAAGCAGAUCGCCUCUCCCUAGCCCCAAAACCACUGUCACAGAGGCACCCCCUCCGGCAGCAAUGGAAAUUGUCCUCGAUUUGAACAUGAAUGCAGCGGCCAACGUGCCAAAGAAGCAAAAGCCCCGUUCUCAGGCCCAGAAAGAGAACUACAUCAAGGCUCGCAAGUAUGGAGCCUGCGAAAAGCACAAAAAGCAACACAAAAGAUGCAAUUGCCUGGAAAAGGCCGCUGCUCGCGCCACUGCCAGCGAGUCACCGACUACAGUCGCUCUUCAAGGGCGACCGGAGCAACCGAAAUUGCAACUAUCUGCUCCUCGCGAAACAUGCUACCCAGUCUCUCCAGGCCAAACCCCUUCACUACAAACCCAAUCGCUGUCCUCAGUCAGGCCGAUCAGGGGGACAUCAAGCUCGUCUCCUGGUCACCACUCAUUAAUCCGACCAUCAGUCACACCACAAGAUGUUGUCAGAACGAAGUUUCAAAAGAGUACGCCGCCAGGACGAGAUUCUGUGCAUCCAGGCGUCUCGAGUUUCAACAACAUGUCACCUCAAGACAUGGUUGUCAAAUCUGGCAAGUUGGUUGCGAAGACUGCGAUUUCGACACUCGACAAGGCUGCCCCACCAGGAAGGAAUGUCACGAACGCAUCUGCGGCUCACGACGUUGUCCAACGCGGCUUGAUGACAAGGAGUCCUUCUGGCCGCGACAUUGCUUCUGGCAAGAAAGCUCUCAGCUCUUCCGCUGGUCACGAAAUAUUACUCUCUGGCAAGAAGUCCGGCACAUCCGCCAGCCACGACAUAUUACUAUCCGGCAAUGCCCCAAAGACAGCGGCGCCCGACAGAGGUCACGCUUCAUGCCAAUCUACCCAUCUAUCUGGGACAGCUCGGGUGCCAAGUGGCCCAACGAGUCUGCGCUGGCGUGUUUCCUUGUCGAGUUCGUCGACACGAACCGACAGAGCAACUUCCUCUGGUGUUCCAUCUACCGUGCCUUGCACAGCGCCGGAUGUUCAAGCUCGAACCGUCCGGUCUACUUUGCCAGGCACGAUUGUGUCAGGAACUGUUCCUGCUGCCCAUGGAAUCCAUCCGGGAGGAACGUCUGGGGCUCUGGGGCUGCAAAGAAGGUCGGCACCGACCCUCGCUGCUGCUAUGCACCCAGUCUCAAGGGACCAAUUGGCCUCGUCGUCUUGGCUUGGCUUGGGUGUUGGAGAUCGUUCGCCAGAUAUUUUUGGAAAUGGGUUGGUGCAUUCGCUCACUCGUGUUGGCGGUAUGCUUUCCAGCUAUGUUUCUGUUGUGCUUUGUGCGAAGCUUUCGCUUUCUAUAGCCAGAUCGGUUGAAGGAGCACUUUACAGGGGACUUUCUUCUGCUGGCAGAUAUCUGUUAUCUGCUCGGAAGGCGUUCAAUUGGCGGGCUAUGCAGUCUUAA